CCCGUUGCCACCCGUUCUUAGUAUCUGAGGGAAGAUAUUUGGCGCGUAGAACUAACAAACAUUGGGAUUUCGGAAGCAACAAGCAAUGAAACUUGCAGAAACUAACUUAGCAAUACUCCAAUGGCAAUAAACUACACUUCAAUUUUUCAUUACACUUAAAACAUGCUUCACGCUCCACUACAAUCAUCGCUUCUCUUUGUUUCCUUCUUAGGGUUUCUUAUUCUUCUUUCCAUAAUCAAAAUCCCUUGCGUUCGCGGAGAGUCUUCCACCUGCUUGACGGUUUACAGAAACGGCGGUGCUCCCGCGGUCUUUAAAUCCCCGAAAUGUCCCCGAUGGAAGCUUCCCGAAGGCGAAGGCAAAGACGACGAUUCCGAUUACCACCGUAGUCGCCGCUCUCCGCCUCAUGCGACGCCGCGUUGCCAGUCCGCCAUGCUCCAGGGCAGCCGUUCCUCCCAGGAGGACCGCACUCUCUGCGUCCUCGAUCUCCGGAUUCCGUUUCCCGAUGCGGAUGGGAUCAGGGAGGUUGCGGUGGGAAUCGUGGCAGUUUUUGACGGGCACAAUGGUGCUGAAGCUAGUGAAAUGGCGUCAAAGCUUCUGAUGGAGUAUUUUGUAUUGCACACCUAUUUUUUACUUGAUGCAGCUUUUUCUGUUAUAUCAAAAACAAGGGGAACAGUGCAUCACCAGAGAGAGCACAAUCGUUUGAACAUGAUGCGUAGGUGGAAGGAGAUUCUAGGUUGGCAUGAGCUGCAUUUUGAAAGGUUCCAAAAUACAUUUUCUGCAAAUUUUGAUGAUUCUUUUCACUUGGAAAUUUUGAAGGAAGCAUUAUUGAGAGCUAUCCAUGAUAUUGAUGCAAAAUUUUCUGAGGAAGCCUUCAGAAAUAGUCUUCAUUCAGGGUCUACGGCAAUCAUUAUAUUGAUGGCAGAUGAUAACAUUUUAGUUGCCAAUAUUGGAGAUUCUAAGGCUUUCUUGUGCUCUGAAAAUUUUCAGUCUCCUAGAGAGGCCAAAGACUUAUUACUGAAGCAAUAUAGGCAGAAAGAGCUUGAUGGUUCUGUUGCUGUGUGGAAUCGUGAAAAGUAUAAGUUAGCUUCCUCCCAUGGACUGACUCAUUUUGCUGUAAAAGAAUUGACCAGUGAUCAUCACCCAGACAGAGAUGAUGAAAGGAUUCGGGUGGAAGCAGCUGGUGGUCAAGUUAUAAAUUGGGGGGGAGUGCCUCGUGUAAAUGGCCAGCUGGCUAUUACACGGGCAAUUGGUGAUGUAUUCUUUAAAAGGUAUGGUGUUAUAUCUGUGCCAGAAGUGACUGAUUGGCAGCCUCUGACUGCCAAUGAUAGCUAUUUAGUGGCUGCAUCCGAUGGUGUUUUUGAGAAGAUGAGCAUGCAGGAAUGUGCCCCUUCACCUUCACCUUCAUAUUCGUUAGCAGAUUUCAUUGUCAACACUGCCUUCAGAAAGGGCAGUAUGGAUAAUGUGGCCGCCGUUGUUGUUCCUCUGGAAUCUGCCAAAGUUUCUGCAAACUCGCUUAGGAGAAGCUAUAUUGAGAAGAGGGAUGCUGAUUAUCCUCUGCUUGCACUGCAGGAACUUGCUUCAAGAAGUUUAGCUAAUGACGUCAUAUCUGAUGUAAUGCACUUGAGGCAUCCUCAUGCGGUGGAUACCAAGUUUAAGCGUAUAUUGGUUGAAGUGAAACAUGGAGAUUUUGGAUGUUUUUAUUUAUCUGAAAAUCUUGAUGAUCUUGUGGACUCUAAGCAGCCUACCAAAAGUACUGACUGGGAAGAUUAUUUAUAUGGACUACCUCAGCCCUUACCAGAUACACAUCAACAUUCUGUAAAUGGUCCAGCAUAUUUGUAUGAUAACCAAAACUUCUGCUUACAACUUGGUCCGACUGUUAAUGAAUCUAAAGAACAAUGCAUAAAUCCUGAAGCAUUUGCAAAUUUUAUUGGUCUUCUUGAAUCAAUUCCUUUACAUGAUACUGGUUCACAUAAUGGAUCCUCUGGUUAUUCAAUGCCUGAAUCAAGGUACAAACUAAAGAAGAGUUUCGGUCGUGGAUCAUAUGGUGAAGUAUGGUUAGCUUUUCAUUGGAAUUGUAAUGAAGGGAUUAAUGCUGCAGAAAUGAGCAACAAUGACAAUAAUAGAAAUGACAGCUCAAACACCAAUGAUUUCCAGGAUGCUUCCACUAACUAUACUCUGUAUAUUUUGAAGCGUAUAAUGGUAGAGAGAGGGUCUGCUGUUUACUUAAGUGGCCUGAGGGAGAAAUAUUUUGGAGAAAUUUUUUUAAAUGCCUCCUCAAGCUUUGAAGAUCUGCUAUCAGCUGAAAAACCAAACUGUCUCUUGGAAACAUCACAAUUUGGGUUUGAGAAUACAUUUUCAAACAAAUUUUGGUCGAAAAGAUCUGUAUAUGAAGAAGGCUUGAACCAUAUUGCAAGAUAUGUGGAGUCUUUUGAAUCUCGGUCCAAUGAAAUUUGGCUUGUAUUCAGUUUUGAAGGCGUAUCGUUGUCUAAACUUUUGUAUACUGUGGAAGAUCCAUAUGAUACUGCUGAGAAAGAAAAGACUGAGCAAGUAAAACAUGUCCAAAUACUGCGUCCAUCGAAGUGGUGGCAUUGGUUGAAAACAACAGAAGAAGGGCAAGAGGAAAUGCGCAACCUUAUCUGGCAGCUGUUUCUGGCGCUGAAAUCUUGUCACGAUCGCAAUAUUACACACAGGGACAUUAAACCUGAAAAUAUGGUGAUAUGCUUUGAAGAUCAGGAGACUGGAAGAUGUUUGAAAGAUAUACCGACUAAACUAAAUAGUUUCUCCACCAAAAUGCGUGUUAUAGACUUUGGCAGUGGAAUUGAUGAAUUCACAUUGAAGCAUUUAUAUGGUUCAGCUGGGCCUUCUAGGGCUGAACAAACUUAUGAGUAUACACCUCCUGAAGCUUUGCUAAAUGCUACGUGGUAUCAAGGCCCAACAAGCUCAACUUUGAAAUAUGACAUGUGGAGUGUUGGUGUUGUAAUGUUAGAGUUGGUCUUAGGGACACCAAAUGUUUUCCAGAUCGAUGCUUUAACACAAACUCUUUUGGACCAGCAUCUUGACGGCUGGAAUGAGGGUGUGAAGGAGCUGGCUUACAGACUCAGAUCAUUCAUGGAAUUGUGUAUCUUAAUCCCUGAGAUAUCCAGAAGUUCCUCAAAAAAGUAUCACAGAGCUAACCAGGCUGGCGUUUCACCUGCAUCUUGGAAAUGCUCGGAAGAAUUCUUUUCUCAUCAAAUAAAGAGUCGAGAUCCUCUUAAAAUAGGUUUUUCAAAUAUCUGGGCUUUGCGGUUAGUGCGCCAUCUGUUACAGUGGGACCCAGAGGACCGGAUAAGCGUUGAUGAGGCAUUGCAGCAUCCCUAUUUCCAAUCUCCCCCGAGAGGAUGAUUUGUUGGGAAACAACUUCAAAAUAUUCAAUCUAGAGGAUGAAACAUCCUUUGUUUCCUAUCACUGACCCACCCAACGGAAAUAGAUGAUGGUGCAAGAAGAAGAAUUGUUGAAAUACAUGAACAUCCCUGACAAAAGGACGACUAAAAGCCACAAUGACUACUAACAGGUACGAAAAUCACUCUGUGCUUAUCAUACUUCUGUAUUGUACAUUGAGACAUAGACAAGAUUGUUUUCUUGAGAUAUCUAGUUUUGGAUGAAGCAAAAUUAUGGAUAAAAAGAAAUUUACAAUAGAGGUAUGGUGAAAAUGAUAUGGUGGCUGCAUACAAAGUGUUGUACAAUAUGAAUAUUACGGUAAGAGAUGAGAAGAGUAGGAAAGUAAAAAGAGAAAGUUUCAAUCAGAAAGCGUAACCACCAAUGUCACCCGUAUUGACAGUGAGGGGAAAUUACGAUCAUUUACCUUGAUAGGAUAUCCACCAAAUCGUUUGAUUUAUAGCAUUGUUUGAUUUAUAGCAUU